CAAUAUUAUAUAUAGCUUAUUAGACGUCUUUGCAAAAAAUACCAAAAGACCAAUAACUCUACUUUUGUAAAGUGUGGUCUCUCCCAACUCUCACCUCAUCUGAGAACUGUCCCAAUAACAAGUCAGGUUCACAAAAAUCCCCUCUUCUCUAGACCCACUCCUUAAUUUUCUUCAUUUUUGAGUACAUCGAAAUAACUACAUUUUUUCUUGUUUCUCUUCAUUUUGGGGGUUGAAAAUAUAUGUUAUACAUAGAUACAGCUGAUUGAAAUGGCAAUAGUUUUAGCUUUGAUUUUGUUGGGUUUGCUGAGCACAAAUGGGGUAAUUUCAAGCCGAAUACAAUCAAAGGUGCAGUACUCAUCAAUGGAGGGGCUUGAGUACUCAUCCAUUAAUUGCAGGUCACACAGUGCUUCAUUGACAGAUUUUGGAGGAGUUGGUGAUGGAACGACACUAAACACGGUGUCGUUUCAGGCUGCAAUCAAUUAUCUGAGUCAGUACUCAUCGGACGGUGGAUCUUUACUCUUUGUUCCACCUGGGAAAUGGUUGACCGGAAGCUUCAAUCUCACUAGCCAUUUCACUCUUUUUCUUGACAAGGACGCUGUUCUACUUGCUUCACAGGAUGAGAAUGAUUGGCCAGUGAUUGAACCAUUACCAUCGUAUGGUCGAGGAAGGGAUACAGAAGGUGGAAGGUUCAGCAGUCUCAUCUUUGGAAUCAAUCUCACUGAUGUUGUAAUUACAGGGAACAAUGGCACAAUCGAUGGUCAAGGAGAGUUGUGGUGGAAAAAGUACCGUGGUGGAGAAUUAAAAUACACUCGGCCGUACCUGAUUGAAAUAAUGUAUUCAGAGAAUGUUCAAAUUUCUAACCUCACUUUGCUCAAUUCUCCAUCUUGGAACAUUCACCCUGUUUACACCAGCAAUAUUAUUGUUCAAGGCAUUACAAUCCUUGCUCCUGUGACGUCUCCCAACACAGAUGGGAUUAACCCAGAUUCUUGCACAAACACACGAAUAGAGGACUGUUACAUAGUUUCUGGGGACGAUUGCAUAGCAGUAAAGAGUGGUUGGGACCAGUACGGAAUCGCAUUUGGGAUGCCAACGAAACAGCUCCUCAUCAGACGCCUCACCUGCAUAUCUCCCUUCAGCGCCGCAAUCGCCCUCGGCAGUGAAAUGUCCGGCGGAAUCGAGGACGUCCGCGCCGAGGACAUCGUCGCUAUCAACACCGAGUCCGGAAUCCGAAUCAAAACCGCCGUGGGCAGAGGGGGUUUCGUCAGGGACAUUUUCGUCCGAAGAAUGACCAUGACCACCAUGAAAUGGGCCUUUUGGAUGACCGGCAAUUACGGCUCCCACGCCGAUAACGGAUAUGAUCCCAACGCCCUUCCUCAAAUUCAGAACAUCAAUUAUCGGGAUAUGGUGGCAGAGAAUGUGAGCAUGGCCGCCCGAUUGGAGGGCAUCUCCGGUGACCCUUUCACUGGAAUUUGUAUCUCUAAUGUCACCAUUGGAUUGGCGAAGAAGCCCAAAAAAGUGCAGUGGAAUUGUACGAACGUGGGUGGGAUUUCCAGUGGGGUUGUUCCUACGCCUUGUGAGCUAUUGCCUCAGAAAACGACGUCGUGUGAGUUUCCUGAAGAUGUUCUGCCUGUUGACUAUGUUCAAUUCCGGACUUGCUCUUAAAGUGCAAAGAACCAUUAGUAUUUCUCUUUUUCUUUUGUUUUUUAUAUAAACCGAACAAGAAAAUUGAAUUUCAUAUAUACCAUAAAUCCUAUACUAUUAGCAAAAUAUCAUUAUUUUAAUAGAAAAUGUAUUGUGUAAGAAUGAUUUGUACACUUGGUAAUGCUUUUUAAAUAUACCUCAUUGCUUAAUAAUAUUACGAUAUAUUAUAUAA